AUGCCCCUACAGCCGCUGACGGCGGACACAACGGCCCUUCUUGGGCAGAGCCUGGAGGACAUUGUGCAGCAGAACCCCCCUCUGGACAAGUACGAGGACAACCUCGCUGGUCUCCUAGCCGGGCACACGGCCCUGGCGUACCUGUUUCUCCGAACGGCCCAGGAACACGCCGGCCUGCAGGUCCGUGGCCACGGGUGCAGGUACUGGGCGGAGCGGUACAUGGCGGGCGACCGCGGCGCGCAGGAGAUUCAAGACAAGAACUGCGGCCUCGCGUGCGAGAAGCUGGCCUUUGAGGCCGUGCGGGCCUGCGUCACCGGCAGCGAGAGGGACGUGGCCGCGUUCCUCGACAACAUCCCCGGCCUGGCGGCGCCCACGCGCCAUGGGAGCGACAAGGCGUUCCCAAGCGAGAUGCUCUACGGGCGCGCCGCGGUGCUGUACAUGCUCCGCAUGGUGAGGCGAUUCGUCCCGAGCAGCGCGGGUCCCGUGGACCAGGCCAUUGGCAGCAUCUGCCAGAGGAUCCUGGACACCAGGGACGGCAGCAAGGGCGACUGGCUGUGGCACGGGAAGCGAUACUACGGCGCUGCCCACGGGGACGUCGGCGUCAUCACGCAAGUCGUGCUCAGCGACCCUUCUCUGGCGCCCAGGCUGGCGGCCCGUCUCGGAGAGCUGCUCGAUUUGCAGACAGAGGGCGGCAACUGGCCUGCCACGGACGAGGAGAGGGAGGGCGCAGACAGGCGAGUGCAGUUUUGCCAUGGCGCGCCCGGCUUCAUCUUUGCGCUGCAGUCGCUGCGGCCGUUCUACCCCGUGCUUCGAGAGAGGAUCGACGAGGCGGUUGCAAAGGGGCGACGGGCCAUCUGGGCCCGGGGCCUGCUUGUCAAGGAGCCGUGUCUGUGUCACGGCCUGUUUGGGAACGGACUGUGA